AUGAACCUUUUUGAUCACAUCCGCCGAAUUCAGUUGGAAGAUAGCCGCAGCAGUUGGAAAUUGAAGAGUGAAGAUUGUGAUACUGGCGACGCUAUAAGUGGAUAAUAAUUGUAUUCGUGAAUGUGAGUGAGUAUGGCUAAUAAACGUGUACGCCAAAUCCGAGACUCACGUGAAGUUAUUUGUCGCCCUGCACGAGCAAUGAAACAAUGGAAAUUGUUGAGACCGUUGCGUAGGAAUAUCCAUAUCAACGAGUGUUCAUUGCGUAACAACGUUCGGCAAAUACCCUUUCCCACUAGGCUGUGACGUCACGCAACAGGGGAGUCCGUGCAGCGACUGUUGCUAGGUAAUCUGUAAACGUUUUCUGUGUGGUCAGUGCGGAAACUACAUAACGAGAAUACUCGUCAGAAAUAUCGUUUUCACACGCGAUAGGAAAUUUUAAAAAUUUUCGCAAGAUAGAAGACAUCUUAUGACGGCCAUAUAUGACUGAAGUCGAUUUCCAGCCUUUGAAGAGAAGAUUUUGGUUUUAGCAGUCACUGAGCAGAUCAGCAGACGCAUCACCGAAAAUUGUGAUAGUGCUGAAGAAACGUCAAGAGGACGUGAUAGGUGAUAAUAAUAGUACUUGUUGUACCAUCUGUUCAGGAACUCUUACACUGACACAUGUGAGUAUGGGUUUGACAGAUCUACAACUGAUUUUUGACAAUCCACAGCGCACAUACUUCGGUGGACAGACUGUGUCUGGACAAUUAGUGGUGAAAAUUGAUGCACCAGAAGAGUUGUACAGUAUCAUAGUAGAGUUCAAAGGAAUGGCCAGUUUUGUGAAAAUUGUAGGAGAUGAGACGUACAGGGGCUAUGAGAAGUAUUUUAAGAAUCGUGUGAAAGUAUUUGGAGGACAUGGUAAAACAGAAGUGCUGCAAAGUGGAGAACACUAUUACCAGUUCAGUAUGAUCCUGCCUAAUAAUCUACCUUCAUCCUUUAAAGGGGAAUUUUUCCAUAUAGUUUACACAGUUAAAGCCACGCUUGAUCGUCCUUGGAGAUUUGAUCAUGAAGUGAAGGCUUUUUUUACAGUUCUCUCACAUUUAGAUCUGACUUUAGAUCCUAAAAACAAGGAACCAGUCAAGAUUGAAAACAGCGAUUAUUUCUGUUGCUUUUUCUGCAAGUCUGGACCACUCACUCUGGCAACUCAUAUUCCUUCAAGAGGCUAUGUACCUGGACAAAGCAUUCCCAUGACAAUUGAAGUUGACAAUGCCAGUGAUGUAAAAGUAUAUGAAGUAGCCUGUGAACUUCAAAUGGUUGGUGUGUUUUCUCUUAUUAAAGGAGUGUAUUUACAUAUUUGUUUCUUCAUUUUUCUACAGGGUUCUAGAAACACUACUUAUGCAAUUUUUAACUACUGUCACUGCAUUAUGUUGAUAAGCUUCUUUCACGUGUUCUAAAGACCACAGAAUUACAGACAUAUUUUCAGGAUGUUAAUGUAAAUGUUCAUAUACCAUACAAGUCGACUAACCAAAGCCACCACUUUUCCUUAAUGCCACUUCAUGCAAUGGGAAAUCCCCCCAGUUAGAAAUAGACCAGCUUUCUCAAAACUUCAUUACACUAACACAAAAUUCUUGGACAUUGUGAGAAAAAAUGGCAUUGAUAUCAUAAUCUUAAACGUUUUAUUUAUUUUGUUGCAUAACAAUGUUAGAUUACUGGGUAUGAAUGGCAAGCACAAUAAGAAUGAAAAAAAUUAAUUUAAGACAUAAGAUCUAAAAGUUUGUGGUGAUGGUACAUUACUACAAAUAUUAUGUUUUUGGAAGUUAUCCAUCAUCCUGACUUUAUCUUCUUUCACCAAUGUAACAUCUCCCACAAUCACAUGGGAUGCUAUACACACACACUGCUUUGUCUGCUGGGCAUCUCUAACUGGUCCAGUUUUCAUUAUUGCCACACGGAGUGUAUGUUUAGUCUUGAAAAUAGUUCUGAGAUUGAAGCAGUUCUGAUGCAUCUGAAUUUCUCAGAAGUGCCGACACAUAUGUAAUGAUGAGAGUGCCCUGGUGUACUGUGUCUGAAGAGGGACGAUUUCUUGCCAGUGGCUUCAUUACAGAGUUAACGAAUUCUUUUGGAUAUUCAUUGAACAUCAAAUCGUGUCAUAUUUUUCAAUUUUGUUGUUAAUAUCCAUCUGGUUUUGAUAUGUGAUCUUGCUCGGUUGACCAAACUAUGAACAACUUCCCUUUUCACAUGAUGUGGGUGGUUGGACUUGAAGUGUAGAUAAUGACCAGUAUGAGUACACUUCCGGUACACUUAUGUGGUCAGUUUUGGACCCUGCUUCAAAACCAAAAUGUCCAAGUAUGAAAGGGUAUCAUUAGCCUCAACUUUCAUAGUGAUUUUGAUGGUAGGCCUAACAGUGUUGAUAUGGUGAAGAAAUUGCUGUAACCUUGCUGCUCCAUAUGAUCAUACCCUGAAUGUGUCAUCGACAUAUCUGAGCCAUUUAGCGGGUUUGUAGUCUACUGUGUCCAGUGCUAUUUCCUCAAAAUGCUCCAUGAAUAUGUUACUGACCACUGGAGAUAGAGAGUUUCCUAUUGCCAUACCCUCUUUUUUUGGUAGAAUUUAUCCUCAAACUGGAAGUACUUGCUUGUUAAACAAAUAUCCAGUAGAUCUAUCACUUCUUCAACUUGCAAAGAUGAGCAUUCUGGGAAAGAAGGAUCCAUACUGAGUCUAUUUCUUAUGCCUUGUAAGACUUCUUCCACCGGUACAUUGAUGAAUAGACUGACGUCAAAAAUUACAAAGUAAUCUCCCUUUUGGAGGUUGAUAUCCUGUAUUGAUUUUAUAAAGUGUUCUUGAGUUCUUCGUGGAGGAGCCUAUAUUGCCAACCAGAGGGCUUGGGAUCUUAAGGGAGGAAUUCUGCUAGGGCAUAACAGGGAGAGUCAAUAGAGCUAACUUUUGAUCAGAUUGGGAUGUCAGGCUUGUGUAUCUAUGGAAAUCCAUAGAGGUGAGGUGGUUUGCUGUGGUAAGGAGUCAGUUUAGGUUUGAAGGCAGCAGGAAGGACAGUUUUAUGCUUGGUAAGGAGAUCCAUAUCUUCCUCUCAAAUUGAAGUGUAGGAUCCUUGCGUAGAAUUUCAUGCACCCCUGACUCUAGCAGGCUGGAUAUCUCCUCCUUGUGUGUGCAAGUUAUUGGAAUGGAUGAUAAGCAUGUGCAUAUCCUGGUGGCUAGAAAAGAAUCAGAAUUCUCAGAAACACAUUAUGGAUUUUGGUGAAAGAAGGGUCGUACAGACAAGCUAGGAAUACUAAUGACUGAAAUAAUAAAAACGUUUGAAGACCGGAACGUGGUAUUGGCCAUAUUCCUCGACAUUAAAAGCACAUACGAUAACGUCCACUGUGACACUUUGACGGAUAGACUCAAGGCGGCAGGUUUCUUUGGAAAUCUGUUAGCUUUCAUCUUUAACCUGGUCACCUCGAGAGAACUAGAGGCAAACUAUGGAUGGAAAGACCAUAAUCUUAACAACUGCCAUGAGAUCUUCAAAUCUUCAACUGUUUCUUUUAACAGAUUUGCACUUACCAUGCAACUUGGAAAACCACAAAAAGCUCUACAGUUUGUGCCAAAUUAAGACUUGAGGGAGUGGAAGAAUAUAAUUCCAGA